AUGUCCACCCUCAAACGCAAGGCCGGUACGCUGUCGGCCGCCGAUAAUAAGAAGCCCAAGCAGGAUGGCAGCAUCAUGUCCUUCUUCGGAGCCCCGAAACCGGUGGCCAAGGCGGGCGGCGCGGCCGCACCACCACUUGAGGCCGCUUCGCCUGCCAUCAAGUUCGACAAGGCCAAGUGGGUCGCCGGCCUGACAGCCGAGCAGAAGGAGCUGCUGCAACUCGAGAUCGACACGUUGCACGAGAGCUGGCUGGCGCUGCUUAAGGACGAGGUCACGAGCAAGGAGUUCCUCGACCUCAAGCGCUUUCUGAACAGGGAAUCGGAUGCCGGGAAGAAGUGGUUUCCGCCGAAGGAGGAUGUAUACUCUUGGUCCCGUCAUUGCCCCUUUAACAACGUCAAGGUUGUCAUCCUCGGCCAAGAUCCCUACCACAACCACAAUCAGGCUCAUGGCCUCGCCUUCUCCGUCCGCCCACCUACCCCGGCGCCUCCCUCGCUCAAGAACAUGUACAUUGCCCUCAAAAAGGACUACCCGACCUUUGCCCCGCCUCCUAACAAGGGCGGUCUCUUGACCCCCUGGGCGGACCGUGGCGUCCUCCUCCUCAACGCUUGCCUGACGGUGCGCGCCCACGAGGCCAACUCGCACGCGAACCGCGGCUGGGAGCGCUUCACCCAAAAGGUCAUUGACCUCGUCGCCACCAAGCGGUCCCGCGGUGUAGUCUUCAUGGCUUGGGGCACCCCCGCCGGCAAGCGCGUUGUCAAGGUGGAUGCCAAAAAGCACCUGGUCCUUAAGAGUGUGCACCCAAGUCCUCUCAGCGCGUCCAGGGGCUUCUUCGACUGCGGGCAUUUCAAGAAGGCCAACGAGUGGCUGGUAACCCGAUACGGCGCUGGCGCCGAGAUCGACUGGGACCUGAGCGGGGCCAAGAAGGUUGAGACGACGGUCGCGGAGCCCAAGACCGUUGAAACCGAUAAUAAUGAUGAAGUGAAGAAGGUCGACAUAGAGAAGGAGACGGAGGUCAAGACCUUGCCUAAGGAGGUUCCUGAGGAUUUGACCGAGGACGAGACGGCUUAA